AAACCGCUCCCAACCAAACAGGGGAUCUUCAAUUCUUCAUUCUUGUUUUCUUCCUUUCUAUAGACCGUUCACCGUCAAAUCGGCGAAUCGACGCCGCUAGAACAACCUUCGACCACCGUACAAUGGCUGCUUGAAUCUACACAGAAUUCCAGCUGUGAAGUUUGGAAGUGUGUACGUUGUGCAAAUGGAAAGUGCCAAUGACAGUAAGAUUUCUAAGAGAACAGUUUUUGUCACCGUUGGAACUACUCUAUUUGAUGCUCUUGUCAAAGCAGUGGACACUCCUGAAGUCAAGCAAGAAUUAUAUGCAAAAGGGUAUACACACCUCCUGAUUCAAAUCGGCCGUGGAUCUUACAUCCCUGCCAGGUCAACUGGUGACGAUAGGUCCCUAGCCGUUGAGUACUUCACGUUUUCCUCUAGCAUUGCAGAGAGCCUGUCAUCAGCUUCUCUUGUCAUAAGUCACGCAGGAUCAGGCAGCAUUUUUGAGACAUUACGGCAGCAUAAGCCUUUAAUUGUCGUGGUGAAUGAGGAUUUGAUGGAUAAUCAUCAAGAAGAGUUGGCAGAAGAAUUAGCAGAGAGGAGACACUUGUUCUGUGCGCACCCUCAAACCCUUUACCAAACCAUUGCUAAUCAUUCCACAAGGUAGAAGGCAGGACCGCAGGAGUCGUCAUCCAUACAAUACCAGUGUCAUUUAGGUUCAGACAGGGGAGUGACUAGGAUGGGGAAGAAUUAUCCCGAUAGAGAUAAUCUUAGCCAAGCAAAUAAGUACAUACAAGGAUAAACUUUUUUCUAAUAUGUCGCUAAACUAUUUCUUUCAAAUCUUAUAUGAUCAAAACACUAUGGGAUGUCGUUUAGCCAACAUAUGAGUAUCACAUGUAAGUUGAAAGACCGAUAAUUAAGAAACUUGUUGCCUUAUUUUUUGUGGAAAUGAGAGUUUAGCCUGCUGUUCUUCAGUGAUUUAAGCAUAAUAAUGCGCCAAUAUUGAUGGAAGUUAGCGAAUUUGGUAUCACAUGCACCGUGUUUUUUAGCUUAUGCCGUCGCCAUCCGAGAUAUGGUAGAUAAGGGUUGUAUAUGGAAGAGACAAAAUCAGGCACCAAGGCUACAGCAAUGCUUGACCACAAGCUCAUUUGGGUUGCAAAGGUAUCACUAGACUUACAUUUAAAGCAUCUUCUUUAACUGUCCAGUUUAUGCUUGGAUUUAUAUGUAUUGAAUAUAAAUUAUGGUACGAGUACUUUCUUUGAUUUUUCUUUGUUCUUGAGAGUACUCUAGGAAUUUCCCAUCAUUCUACUAUUGAUAUUAAACACAUGUUUUUAAGACAAAACCAAG